AUGACUGAUCAAAAGUCUAAUAAACAAACACAAUCAGGCGUGACUGCAUCAACUGCAGCGCCAACUGCCACUCCCGCCCCAACACCCACGCCAACACCUGUGGAACAGGUGCCAAUCAAACCAUUGGAAGUGGACAAUCUGAUUCUGAUGGUACAUGGCAUUGGCAAACAUGAAGACAAUUGGUAUAGCAAGAUUGAACGCGCCAACGUGCUUUACGACACGGUGUGUGGCACAGCUGGCGUUCAGGCGCGAAAGGCACGCUUCGUCGGAGUCGAGUGGCACUCGGCACUGCACUCCAAGACCGACAGACUCAUUGAGAAGGUCACGCCACCAUCCAUACCCCUGGUACACGAGUUUGUCAAUCACACGAUGCUGGACAUCUUGUUCUGGACGUCCCCCACCUACAGCCAGACCAUCUACACAGAGGUGGGCGCGCAACUCAAUCAAAAGUAUCGCGAGUUCCUAAAGGAGUGUCCCGACUUCAAGGGCAAGGUGCACAUCUUGGCGCACUCACUCGGCAGCAUGAUCACAUACGACAUACUAUGCCAUCAGAAGGAUGGCGCGGACCGCGAGCACUGCACAACCACGCAGGGCAACAUAUAUCAGUGGAAGAAGUUCCGUCAGCAACAGGCGGAUGGCGCAACGCGCGACGAAGACGAUGAGGACGACGAUGGAGUUGGCAGUGAUGCCUCCUCAUCGCCAGGCGACUCUUUGCUGCCACAUCUCUCAUUCCCUCAGCUGGACUUUGAGGUCUACAACUUAUUUAGCAUUGGCUCGCCUAUUGGCGUGCUGUACACCAUUCGCGGACACACCAGACUGUCCAUACCAAAGUGUGUCAACUUCUUCAACAUACUCGACCAAUCCGAUCCCGUCGCCUAUCUAGUGGAGCCACUCAUCGAUGAUGGCUUCACCAAGCUAGCACCAACAAUCAUUCCACAUCUCGUCAAGAAGAAGUCCCCAAUCACAACAAACUUCUCAUCCAAGCUAUCACUACUCACCAACAAGGUCAAGGCAUUCAGAAAGAAUCCAUCCAAUACAUCAUCUUCAACUAGUUCGCCAACACAAUCACCAGCGCGAUCACCUAAUCUUGAGUCUGAGAAACCGGCUACGCCAGCACAGAUCAAUCUAAAACCCCUGGACGACACGUCCGAUGAUGACAGUGACGCUGGAAACACUACCUACGUAGUUGAGAAGAAGGAUGAACCAAAGGUUGAACUGCAAGAGACGUUCUCAUUCUUUGGAGGAUGUAGAUUUGAUUACAAACUGCAACCAAGUAUGUUUAAUAUAUCAGAGUACCAAGCAGUGCCAGUGGCGCACAAGAGCUACUGGACGUCGAAGGAUGUGAUGUUCUUCAUGGUGGAGAGACUACCAAUCAUGAGUGUUGGCUUUGAUUAUGGAGACACGUCUGGCACUGCUCCAUUGACAACGAUGAUGCCAUCAAUCAACUAA